CACCACCACACCCCUCCUCCUCUCGGAGGCGUAGUGGACCUCUUUUUGAAGGCAAGCGUUGUUCUAUCAAAGCUUGUUUCUGUCUUUGGACUUUUCCUCUGGCUGCCGGUCGCCUUCAUCCAGACUCUCCCGAUUGCCCCCCCCCCCACCCUAAAUUGCACCUUCGCACCUCCUCCCUCGGGUCCCGCGUGAUGCCCCGCCGCUCGUCUCCCCCCGCCCUCCUCCUCCUCCUCCUCCUCCAGGUUGGCGGCGUGGAGCGUUGAAGCUCUCAAAGAUCUCCAUCUUCGCUCCGGAGGGAUCGCACCUUCCGGACUCUGGCGUGGAUCGGGACGCCCCUCGUUAGGGGAACGUCCCACCGGUGCGCCCACCCCCGCCUCACCCGUCCCUGGCCGUCGUCAUCCAGGUGCGUGACGGAGUACUGCGGGUCUUCCUGGUGCGGGUCGGCGGCGGCGGCGAUGUUCUCCAUCCAGGACGGCCUCCCGCGGGGGGGCCUCACCAUGAAGGAGGAGCCGCUCCCCACCGGCAUGACCCCCGUGCGGUCCUGGAUGGCCGGCGGCGGGAUCCUCGACGCCAACACGGCCGCGCAGAGCGGCGUGGGUCUGGCCCGCGCGCACUUUGAGAAGCAGCCGCCGUCCAACCUGAGGAAGUCCAACUUCUUCCAUUUUGUCCUGGCGCUCUACGACCGGCAGGGGCAGCCCGUCGAGAUCGAGCGCACGUCCUACCUGGACUUCGUCGAGAAAGACAAGGAGUACAACGGGGAGAAGACCAACAACGGGAUUCAUUACAGGUUACAACUCCUCUACAGUAACGGCAUCAGGACGGAGCAAGACCUGUAUGUGCGCCUCAUCGACUCCAUGACCAAGCAGGCCAUUUUGUACGAGGGACAAGACAAGAACCCAGAAAUGUGUCGCGUUCUACUGACGCACGAGAUCAUGUGCAGCCGCUGCUGCGACAAAAAAAGUUGCGGCAAUCGGAACGAGACGCCCUCUGACCCCGUCAUCAUCGACAGGUUCUUCCUCAAGUUCUUCCUCAAGUGCAAUCAGAACUGUUUGAAGAAUGCGGGCAACCCGAGAGACAUGCGGCGCUUCCAGGUGGUGGUGUCCACCACGGUCAACGUGGACGGUCACGUGCUCUCUGUCUCCGACAACAUGUUUGUCCACAACAACUCCAAACAUGGCCGCCGCGCACGCCGCCUGGACCCGUCUGAAGCAGCCACGCCGUGCAUCAAAGCCAUCAGCCCCAGCGAAGGCUGGACCACGGGGGGCGCCACCGUCAUCCUCAUCGGAGACAACUUCUUCGACGGCCUCCAGGUGGUCUUCGGGACCAUGCUGGUGUGGAGCGAGCUGAUCACGCCGCACGCCAUCCGCGUCCAGACGCCCCCUCGCCACAUUCCCGGGGUGGUGGAGGUCACGCUGUCCUACAAGUCCAAACAGUUCUGCAAAGGCGCGCCGGGACGCUUCGUCUACACAGCCUUGAACGAGCCCACCAUCGACUACGGCUUCCAGAGGUUACAGAAGGUCAUCCCUCGCCACCCCGGGGACCCCGAGAGGUUACCCAAGGAAGUGCUGUUGAAGCGAGCCGCCGACCUGGUGGAGGCGCUCUACGGGAUGCCGCACGGCAACCAGGACAUGAUCCUGAAGAGAGCGGCCGACCUGACGGAGGCGCUGUACAGCGGCGUCCCCCGCGGCCACAACCAGCUGCCGGCGGCGCAUUCGGGCAUGAUGGCCGUCAACUCCUUCGGCGGCCAGCUCAGCGCAAACAUCUCGGAGGCGUCGCAGGCCGACCAAGCGUACUCGCGCAGCUCCAGCAGCGUUUCCCCUCGCGGUUACGCGCCGAGCUCCACGCCGCAGCAGUCGGCCAACUACAACGCCAUCAACAGCAUCGCGUCCUCCAUCAACGGCUACGCCGCCGCCAUGAGCAACCUGGCCGUGCCCGGCUCGCCCGGCUUCAUCAAUGGCACCGGCGCCAACUCCGCCUACGCCGGCGCGCGUUCGUUCUCCCCCGUGGCUUCUGCAGUCAAACAGAAGAGCGCCUUCGCUCCCGUGCUGCGGCCACAGACCUCCCCGCCCCCCGCCAAUGGCGCCGGCCUCCAGGCCAUGGCCGGUCUCAUCGUGCCGCCCAUGUGAGACGACUCCAGCCCCCCGGUUCCGCCAUCCCCCCCCCCGCCCCCCUCGCAGUCGCCGUCCAUCGGCGAGCCCGACGGAUGGUCCCGCCUCUGCCUCCACGCUCACGUGACUGCGAUGACGCCACCUCACAGACGUGGGUUUUGCCUCGUUGGGGGGGCGGGGGGUUCCCAGGAAGGUCCUGAUGACAUCAUCAUCAUCAUCAUCAUCAUCAUGGGCCGAUGGGCUUUGGGCGAGCGGGCGCCUCUGCUUUGUUUGCCUCCAAUGUUUGCAUGACGCUUGCUUGAAUAGUUUGUAAAAAUGGCAAGGUUUUUUUUUGAGGGGGGGGGGGCGUCUUUAUUGAAUGCAAAGUUACGCUCCAAGGAGGAUCCGCCACUUGCUUUUUGCUUUUGUUUUUUUACACGUCGCACGGGAAGAAUGCCGAGGCUUUGUGGGAGUCCAGAAUAGGUCGGCGCGGCCGUCAAUCCGACUUCCUGAACGUCCCGCUCUGGAAAAGUGGGGCUCGAAAAUCCUUUCAGCCCUCCCCUGCCCCUCCCCGUUUUUUUCCUCCAAAAGCACUUUGUGUCGUGAGCACCGUCGGCCGAGCGUUUGACAUUUUGGCCAGCGAGCCAGGAGGACCUUUUUUUUCUCUCUCUCUCUCUCUUCUUCUUUGACCUUUUUUGUUGUCUUCUUCUUGCUGUUAGUGUGCGCCUUCCGUUCUUCCGUAUUUCCGAGCUUUAUUUGAUGUUGGAAAUCUCCAUGGUUGUUGUCUUUUAGAAAUUGUUAAAAAAAAAAAAAGGUUUUGUAAAAAAAACAAAAACCUCGCAACAUUGUUCAAAACAUGUUGUCCACUUUUUGUAAAG